AUGUUCGGAUUCAUCCAUGAGAGCAUUCGACAGCUUAUGCUUCGAAAAUACGGUGAUGAACUAUGGAUGGAAGUGCUAAAUCGAGCUGGAUUCGAAAAUGGCAAAGAAAACAUCAUUAAUCACUACUAUUCCGACUCUGACACUUAUCUGCUGGUAGAUAGCGUUGCUAUAUUGACAAAGAUGACACGAGAACAAGUUUGGGAGAUGUAUGGGUCAUUCUUGAUUGAGUAUACCAUGGAAAUUGGCUGGGACGAGUUAAUCAGGAGUAUGAGUCCAAAUCUGAAGGUUUGGCCAAAAAUAGAACUUUUGGGGUGGCGGCUCUAAAU